UCUAAGCAAUCUUAAAAUGUCACAGUGUUUACAAAUUUCUGUAUUUUCUACUUUCCAUACAAAUUCUUCCUAAAUUCUAGUGAAAAGUGGUUUUUCCAGUGAAAAAUUCCUGCCAAUGGAGCCGUGUGCAAUUGAGGAACCUUUUUUCGGGUCGUGUCGCGUGUGCUUAGUGAAAAAUCCCUCACUCUCGACGAUCUUCGAAGUGCUGGAAGUCAGAACAAUUGGAACAAUGACCCUAGCUGAUAUGAUUUUCCUGCUCUGUGGGGUGAAAAUUGAUGCUCAGGACAGAAUGCCAGGCACGAUAUGUGGGAAUUGUCGAUUAAAUCUCCUGGCGGCUUUUGAAUUCCGUCUUUUGUGCGUAAAGUCAGAUGAGGAUAUGAGAAUGUUUAUGUACAAGAAGGAAGUGUCUGAGGCUCCUCAGGAGGAAGUUCAGGAGACAGAGGAGGAUUUGAAGGAGGGGGAAGUGGAUGCUGAAGAGCCUGAGGAAGUGGUAGAAGUGGAGAAAACUGAGGAAUAUGAGGAAGUCAAGGAGGAGGUCAAAUACGAAGUUUCAGAAGAGCCUCAAGAUCUUCAAGAUGCCGUGGAGGAUGAGGAGGAGAAAGCAAAUGAUUCCCCGCCAGAUCUUGUUCCCAUCAAGGGUGAAAAGAGAAAGAGGAAGAACGCCAAGAGGGAACACAUUUGCCAGGUAUGUGGGAAAGUCUUUGACAAAGCCUAUCGACUGCUCCGUCACGUGAAUAUCCACAAUGCCGAUGGCAAGCCCUUUGAGUGCUCCCAAUGCAGCGCCAGAUUUGCCUCCGAAAGCAAUCUCCUGAGACAUCAGAUAGUCCACUCAAAUCUCAUCAGCGAAACCACAACAAUUGUCAAGGAAAAACCCAAGAAUUUUCAAUGCAUCCAAUGCGAAAGGGUUUUCCAGAAGCAGGAAUCCCUGGCAUCGCACAUGAAGACGCACAAGGAGAAGAUGCAGGAGAUUGAGUUCAAGUGUGAGUACUGCCCCAAAAAAUUUGCCAAAAUGAACUUCCUCACUCGCCAUGCCAAAUGCCAUGAGGAAAGUAAAUCCCAUCAGUGCAAUAUCUGCUUGAAGAAAUUCGCCCUGGGAGGUCUCCUCAUUGAUCAUAUCAACAAGCACAAAGGCCUCAAGCCACAUAUCUGUCCUGUCUGCAGCAAGAGAUUCCAGCAAUCGUGCACUCUCAAGGAUCAUAUGCGCAUCCACAGCGGAGAAUCUCCAUAUCUCUGCUCAGAAUGCGGCAAGUCCUUCAACAAUGGAAGUAACUUGAGGCAGCAUCUCAUCCGACAUUCGGGCAUCAAACCCUUUGCCUGCAGCAUGUGUCCUAGCAGAUUCAGUUGCAAGGGAGGCUUGAAGUCGCAUCUGACCACGCAUUCGGGACUCAAACCCUAUGUCUGCGACAACUGUGGACGUUCCUUCACCAAGCCCUAUUCCCUCGUCAAGCAUAAGAGGAUCCACACCGGAGAGCGCCCCUACAGCUGCGAAGUUUGCGAAAUGAGAUUCAAUUCUUCUGACCAUGUCAAGAGGCAUAUGAGGACUCAUACUGGAGAAAAGCCCUAUCGCUGUUCGUGGUGCGAGAGAUCUUUUGCCCAGAGCAAUGAUCUGGUGAAGCAUAUGAGAUCUCACGUGGGAGACAAGACUUACCAGUGCAACCAGUGUCCAUCUGCCUUCAGGCUCUACAGCGAGCUGAGAUUGCAUAUCCGGGAGCAUUUUGCCCAGGGAGAGAUUCCGUCGGAUGAUCUGGUGCAGAAGUCAACUAAAGGUGUCAAUGCCAUUCCCGAUGUUGAUGGUCAGAUCCCACCAACGGUACGAAUAAAUGAUGCUCAGACUUUCCUCGUGACUCCGCAGCAGAAGGCUGCCGGAGUGGAACUGCCUGAGUUGCAGAUGACGAAAGGAGGGGAUCAUAAAACCUUAAUAAAUACCAUUGAACAUCUAGUGCCAGUCACAAUUCAGAAUACUCUACCUCCAUUGACGGUUAAAGAGACAAAUGGGAUCCUCGAGGCUCAUCCUGAGCGCUUCUAUACAACCGCAACGCAAGUUGUUCUCAUGAAUCUUCCGAUAACCUCUUCUGUAUCGAACGUAUCGAAGAAUUGAGCAAUUUUGAACAAACCACCCAUCACAAGAUUUUUUUAAAAUUAAUUUUAUAUAGAUUGUAAAGAUAUUUUACAAGGAAAUGAAUAAAAAUUUGCCAUAUCUGAAA